GGACAAGACAUCAUCUUCAUUCUUUACACAGAUUUUGAGGAUUGAGGUGUGUUUUGUGUUCUUUAACAGUGCUUUCAAUUUGGAUUGUAAAGAAUCUUUUGAACUAAAAAAAAGGCAACUCAGGAAGAAGAAUACAGGACCAGGAAUGACAGUAAGCCUCAGAUUUACUGUAGAGGAAAGGAAGAGGAACAAAAUGAUAUAUAAAGAAGUUCAUAUAUUUGCUUCAGGCUUCAUGCUGUAGGCUAUGGGAGGACUAUGGUAACAAACGAGUCAUAGAAACUCACUCAUACGACCACACAUUAUCAUUGACUCAGUGAAUAAGGUAAACCGUUUACUAGUCACUGUGCUCUCUGCCACACAAAAUUAAUAUUGUAAAGACGUAGGUGAUAUAUAGAUAUACAUACAGUAUAUACACAUAAAAGUCCAGCAGACACACAUACAUUCACACAGGGACAAAUACAUAGACUUAAAGAACAUAAAGAACCAACGCCCACACAAACUCUGAGGCAGCCAUGAGGGUUUUAUUGGUGGUAGCAGGCCUAACAAUCCUGGUCUCUAUGGGCCUGGCCCUGAUCGUCUUUGGCCAGCCCCUGACAGAAGCCAAGCUGACCUUGCAGAACCUGCAUCUGGAUCAGAUGCAGCAAGCUCGCGUCAACCAACUCAAGGAGAGGCAGUGGGUGGAAAACCUGCUGAAGGGGCAGUUAGACUCGAAGAAGAAGAAUGUGGAGGAGAUGGAGGCAGAGGUGAAGAAACUGACGGAAGAGGAGGGGAAGAAGAAGACUGAGGUCGAGGCCUGCCAGGCAGAGAAGAAACAAAAGGAGGAAGUACUUGCACCCAUACAGAAGGAGCAGAGUGAUAUUGAAGUGACGUUCAAAACUGAAAAGGAGGCUUGGACUGGGGAGAUCACCACACUCAAACAGCAGUUGGAGCAGAGGAGCAAAGUGUGUGGUUUUGUAAAGGACUCAACAGAUACAGCGAAAUUAUGUCCACCCAAAGAAGGAGCAGCAAAAGCUGAAGCGGCCCCUGUAAAAGCUGAAGCGGCCCCUGUAAAAGCUGAAGUGGCCCCUGUAAAAGCUGAAGCGGCCCCUGUAAAAGCUGAAGUGGCCCCUGUAAAAGCUGAAGCGGCCCCUGUAAAAGCUGAAGCGGCCCCUGUAAAAGCUGAAGUGGCCCCUGUAAAAGCUGAAGUGGCCCCUGUAAAAGCUGAAGCGGCCCCUGUAAAAGCUGAAGCGGCCCCUGUAAAAGCUGAAGUGGCCCCUGUAAAAGCUGAAGCGGCCCCUGUAAAUGCUGAAGCAGCCACUGUAAAAGCUGAAGCGGCCCCUGUAAAAGCUGAAGCGGCCCCUGUAAAAGCUGAAGCUGCCCCUGUAAAAGCUGAAGCUGCCCCUGUAAAAGCUGAAGCGGCCCCUGUAAAAGCUGAAGCGGCCCUUGUAAAAGCUGAAGCGGCCCCUGUAAAAGCUGAAGCGGCCCCUAUAAAAGCUGAAGCGGCCCCUGUAAAAGCUUAAGCGGCCCCUGUAAAAGCUGAAGAGGCCCCUGUAAAAGCUGAAGUGGCCCCUGUAAAAGUUGAAGCAGCCGCUGUUAAAGCUGAAGAGGUCCCUGCACAAGCUGAAGCCGACCCUGCUCCAAAGCAGUAAAUGUCUCAAAUUUCUCUCAGAAUAACAUUAAUGGUGUGUAGUCAUUCAUUCCUGAUGCGCACUAAUAUUUAUGUUUUUAUUUUGUGGGUAAUCUUGUGGGUAAUCUUGGCAACCCCAUGUAAAUUACACCAUUUAUGUUAUGUAGUCUGUACACAAGAGAUUAGGCUGUGGGCAUUGUCAAAUGUGUCAGUUUGGCACACUAUGUUGCCUAAAGAAAUUAGGUGCUGUUCGUUUUUAAAAACUAUGAAUAUCUUAUCAGUUUUUAAAUAAAUGUUUUUUGUUUUUCAUUUACAUUUUUAUAAAGCCUUUUAGUUAGGCACAGAAAACAUGGAAAGAGAAACCACUGCCUUUCCCUGUUGAUGGUUCGUGUGAUGAAGAGGGAGGAACUCCUAUCAAACCUGCACAGUUCAAUACCAAUAUAACUUAGACCAUUAAAGCUUUAAUACAGCUUACCUUAUCAUCACCAUCAUUGACUGCCAGGGUAAAACAUAAUAUUGUAACACUGUUGGGUGUAAUCUGCCAGGGUAAAAUGGAGCCGGCUGGUGGACGAGUAAUAUGUAAACGUAGGGUGACAGUGAGCCACCAGCAAAAUAACCAUAGACGAGAUGUUGACAAUGGCUUAUUAAUAAGCAUAAAUAAAUAGUAUUUAUAUGAUUGCAGUCCUCAAAGAUUGAAUUGCAAUUAAUCAGAUUCAGGCACAGUUUUUUGUGCUUUGGAAUGUUCAGUAUUCCUGGGAUACCAUGCUGUCACCAUGUAAAUGAUAUAAAAACAUUUAUAAAACGGG